AUGUUUUCCAAAAUCAUUCCCACCAUAGUGGCAUGUAGCGGGCUUCUAGCCUCUGCAACCCAGACUUUCAGCAACACCGGCACACUUUCAGGCUGGGAUGCGCAGACAAUCGAGGACAAGGGCAGCAUCCAAGAGGUCACCAAUGUCGUCUACAAGGGCUCUACCGCCCUCAAGAUGACCCAGAUUUAUGAUCCCAGCUGGAGCGGCCGUUUCCACUCCGAAAAAGCCACGACGGGUGUGUACAAGCUCGGCGACCAAGGCUUCUAUGGUUUCGCUUUCCGCCUGCAGGAUGACUGGCAAUUCUCCCCAGCCCAAUCGUACAACUUGGGCCAGUUCAUCGCCGACUUCACAGACACUGGGUGCGACGACUGGAUGCCAUCUAGCAUGGUCUGGAUUGUUGGUGACCAACUCUAUACCCGUCUGAAGUACGGUACGAUCUGCGAGCAGCAGAUUCGGACUUUCAGCAACGUUGCUACCGUGACAGCAGGAGAGUGGCAUCGCGUCACCAUCCAGGCCAGCUGGCAAUCCGACAAUACCGGUUUCUACAAAGUUUGGUUUGAUGGCAACAAAGUUGUGGAGGUGUACAAUGUCCCGACGAUGAUCAACAAUGCUCGACCAUUUGACUACCACGUUGGUAUCUAUGCCAACGGCUGGCACGACGACGGUGGCAUGAAGGGUACCCAAGACACACGCCAAAUCUGGUUUGAUCAAAUUUCCGUUGGCACUACCUUUGCCGAUGCGGAUCCUGAUCAAUGGUAG